CGUAGUAACCGCACCCACCUACCACAUCCCGGGAGCGUGAGUCACCCGCGCCACGCCCGUCCGCGUCCCUCCGUCCGUCUGUCAGUCUGUCUGUCCGUCCGCCCGUCCGUCCAGCAUCCAUCCGCGCAGCGGCGGCACCAUGGCGGCGGCGGUUUCGGGGUCUCCGCCGCCGCGCCUCCUCCUCUGGCUGCUCGCGGCCGCCGCUUUCUUCGCCGUGCGAGCUCAGGACGACUUCGAUUUAAGUGACGCCCUGGGCGGCGACGCGUCCACCAAGGCGCCCAAGAGGCCCCCGGCCGCAGGUGACGGUGAUCUCAACCUCUUUGAUGGCCUUGGGGGACACGACGAGCCCGCCACGCCCGGCAGGCCCAGGCCCAGGCCGCCGCCGCCGAGGAAUCCGGAACAUUCCGACACGGGCAUCUCGGACAGCGACCUGGUCGACAUCAACCCGGGAGGAUCAGGUGGCCGCAGAGGAGGCGGCGGCGGAGGCGGAGGGGACGGCCCCAGGAGCGACGAUCCGCAGGCGGCCCCCGAAGGCGUGAUCCCGGCCAUCGUGAGCAGCGUGGCCGUGGCCCUGGCCGGCGUGGUCUCGGGCUUCGUGGCCUACUACAAGAAGAAGCUCUGCUUCAAGCAGAACGGGCAGCAGGGUGACGCGGAGAUGGCCGCCCGCGCCGAGCCGCCCGUGCAGCAAACCCUCCUGGAGAGGUAGGCCGUAGCCACGGCGACGACGCCCCGCGCCCCACCCCCGCCACGUCGCGAGUGCCCCUGGGGCCCGGCCGGGGGAGCCCCUCCGGCCCACCGGCUUCCCGCGUCCGGCUGGCUUCGUUUGGACCCCGCGGGCCACCGUAGCCCGCCCCCCCCCCCCCCCGGCAGUGAUUCCAGCAAGUUAACCCGGCCGUUGCCCGAAGAUGGACCCCGCGGGCCACCGUAGCCCGCCCCUCCCCCCCCACCGACGGUGCCUCACGCAAGUUAACCCGGCCGUUGCCCGAAAAUGGACCCCGCGGGCCGCCGUAGCCCGUUCCCACGGGGGUCGCCUUGCCCAGCCGGUGGGCGCUGGCUGAGAUUGGACCCCGCGGGCCACCGUACCCCGCCCUCCACGCCGCCGCCGCCGCCGCCUGGCCUCUUCUGUGCGCGUAUCUGGAAUUGGACCCCGCGGGCCGCCGUAGCGUGCUCACGCGGGGGAGUGCGGGGAGGGGACACGGGGUCUCCCUGCCCAGCCCCCAGGGAGCGCCGGUGCCUUCGAGGGAUUUGCUGGCUUUGAUGCAAAAUGGCCGCUGUGUCUGAAAUUGGGCCCCGUGAGCCACCGUACUAUCCCGCUCACCACGCCGCCCCUGCUGUUCGCACGAAUCCUGAAUUGGACCCCGUGGGCCGCCGUAGCGU